GGUCAGCGCACCAGCAUGCAGUAUGUUACGACACGUGAGUAGAAGAGGGAUAUCAGUGGCCGCAACUCUAAGAAUGCCUAUAAAGGUUGGAGACACGCUGCCAUCUCUGGAGGUGCAGGAAGGCACACCAGCCACAACUGUGAAUGUGAAGGACUUGUUCGCUAGCAAGAAGGGCAUCCUAUUCGGAGUGCCUGGAGCCUUCACCCCUGGCUGCACGAAGACUCACCUGCCGGGCUAUGUGCAAGACUGGGAGAAGCUGAAGGCCAAGGGAGUUGAGGUAGUGGCCUGUGUGUCUGUCAAUGAUGUGUUUGUCAUGGCGGCUUGGGGAGAGGCACGUGGUGCUGAUGGCAAGGUCAGGAUGUUGGCUGAUCACAACGGAGCCUACACAAAGGUCUAUUGAAGACUUGAAGGUAGGGAUUGACGAUGACAUUGUGUUGUGACUAUUGCAGGCACUUGACUUGGAGUUUGAUGCAGUAGGUGCUCUUGGGUCUGUACGCUGCAAACGGUUCUCUGCAGUGGUGGAGGACAGUGUCGUCAAAGUCAUCAACGUGGAGCCAGAUGGUGCAGGCUUGACCUGUUCACUGUCAAAUGCACUAUUUGACCAACUUUGAACACUGGCAGGAGGACAAAUCAUUGCUCUAAUAAUAUAAUUAAAAGCUGUGAGGUUUCAAGGUACCUCUGUAAACCCUGAAUGUUUCAAAACUUACGCAUGCAUACACUGCUUUAUGCUUAAUUGAC